UUCUGUCACAUCGAGAUUCGCAUAUCGUGGAACGUAGAGUAAACCAAUUUGAAGUAAUAGAAAUCAGUGAGUGUUAUCAGUGGAAUAAAUACUUACGAAACUAUCGAAAUGAGCAAGGAAUUGAGAGCACUCACAAAGCGGGAACGGCAGAUGCUGAAUAGCUUGGACGUCGUGCAGCAAUUUUUAGAGGAUUUUGAAUGGGACAGGGAUGAGUGCCAGGUUGAAGUUCGGUUGCAGCUGUUGCAGGAGGAGUACAAAGAAUUUCUCGAAGUUCGCAACAAAAUUGAAAUUAUCAUGGAAGAUGCGGAUUCUGAGAAAUUUGCUGCGGGAGAUGAAGAUGAAAAAGAGGAAGCAGAUCAACUUCGAGAAAAGGCCAAUUUUGACGUAAUGCGGCAGUUUCAGAAUCGGUUUUGUGUGCUGAAGGCACAACUUUUGAAGCUAAAACCUGUCAGUACAGCAGUUUCGAAAUGCGACAGAGAUCAAUCUAAUUAUGGACAGCAGACAGCAGCAUUUUCUCGAGUUAAACUUCCGGAGAUUUCCCUUCCCCACUUCAGCGGUAAUAUAAAGGAUUGGGUUACGUUUCGCGAUACCUUUUAUAGUCUGAUCCAUAACAACUCGCAGUUGACGGAAAUGGACAAAUUCACGUACCUGAAGUCGUCACUCACAGGAGAAGCUCUCCAGGAGGUAAACGGCAUCGAGUUGUCUGCGGCCAACUACGAUGUAGCUUGGAAGACUCUGGAAUCCAGAUACGAAAACCGAAAACUCAUCGUGAAGGAUCAUCUGGAUGCACUCUUCUCACUUGAACCUCUGAAGAAAGAAUCUUACGAUGGUUUGAAUCAUCUUAUCUGCGAGUUUGAGAAGAAUUUGCAAAUGUUGGAGAAAAUAGGUGAGAUCGUUUCCGGUUGGAGUACAUUGUUAGUCCACAUGUUAUGUUUAAGGUUGGAUACCACGACUCUACGUAAUUGGGAGACUCACCACAACAGUAAAGAAGUCCCUACGUACGAGAAACUUCUGGCAUAUCUCCGUAACCAUUGCUCAGUUUUGCAGUCAGUUGCUUCUGCCAAACCUUCAAAUUUUGAUCAGCGUCAACCCAGAGUAGCAGUGUGUCACACUACAUUGAAGACCCCGGCCAGAUGUCCCUUUUGUACCGAUCCCUGGCAUUCACCUUUCCAGUGUCCAACAUUCCAUUCAAUGAGUUUACCAGAACGAAACGAUGCUGUAUCUCGCUACCGGCUAUGUAAGAAUUGCCUUCGUCCCGGACAUGUCUUCAAAGAUUGCGAUCGAGGAACCUGUCAUCACUGUUUUCAAAAACAUCAUUCGAUGCUGCAUGUUGGGCAGAUUAAACACUCCGUUCCACAGCCGCAAUCCACAUUCGCGAUGUUGAAUCCUCCAUCGCAACAACCACAGUCCACGCAACACAACUCACUCCAACAGACACACACUCAGCCACAAAACACACACACAGCCAACUCGCAUAGCACACAACGCUCACAGUUCAGCACAGAUCAUGCCACCACAAGCCAGAAUUAUGUAGCAGUCCCUGCCACACCAACACCCGAUAUCCUUCUGUCAACCGCACUCGUUCGUAUGAGAGACAACUCUGGAAAUUCACUGCUGGCUCGAGCAUUGUUGGACUCGUGUUCGCAGCACUGCCUUAUGACAAGAGCUUUUUCGAAAAGGCUUAACUUUGAUGAAACUUCAGCAUAUCUGUGCGUGCAGGGGAUUGGGUCGUCUCGUAAUAUUUCAACAAAAGCAGUUAAGGCAGCAGUUUGUCCAAGAUCACAAAUAAUUUCACCAUUUGAAGAGGAGAUGCAGUUCCACGUGUUGCCAGAAUUGACGGUGCCGUUGCCGACGACGAGUUUCAAUCCGUCCACUUGGACCCUUCCUGACGUGAAAGUUCUGGCAGAUCCGCAGUUCUAUGAGAGCAGUCCAGUAGACGUUAUCAUUGGUGCAGAACACUAUAUGGAUCUGCUAACCGAUGGCAGACAAAAGGUAACCGACGAUGGACCUACGCUACAAAACACGGUAUUUGGUUGGAUCCUAUCAGGAAGGAUUCCACGCAGCUCCUCCAGAAUGACCCAGUCAAUCACGUUUGUGUGCUCCACGGCAGAGAUUGAACAGCAGCUCACAAGGUUCUGGGAACUAGAAACCUGUAACACUACAUCCAACAACUCCAUCGAAGAAACAAUCUGCGAAGAAAUAUUUGAUAAGACGACAGUCAGAGAUUCAUCAGGAAGGUUCAUCGUUACACUACCGAAGAAAGAAUUCGCAAUUGAACGUCUUGGCGAAUCGAAAAGGAUAGCAAUUAAUCGGUUCAGAGGAUUGGAACGACGCUUCUCUGCAAAUCCAGAACUGAAGCAGAUGUAUACUGAUUUCAUCCAUGAAUAUCUACACCUUGGACAUAUGCAAAUCGUUACGGACAGAUCUGAAAAGGGAACAUACUAUCUGCCACACCACGCUGUUUUAAAACCAGAAAGCACUACAACAAAACUUCGAGUUGUGUUCGACGCUUCGUGCAAAACAACGACCGGAGUAUCUCUGAAUGAUGUCCUUCUAGUUGGCCCUGUUGUACAGGAUGAUUUAAUCAGCCUAACUUUGCGCUUUCGGUUGUAUCAAUAUGCUCUUAUUGCGGACAUCGCCAAAAUGUACCGCAUGAUUCGAGUUCAACCAAACAAUAGACAUCUGCAGAGAAUCUUGUGGAGGGACUCCUCCGACCAGCCCAUCAGCUCAUUCGAAUUGACGACCGUUACGUACGGAACAGCAUCCGCACCAUAUCUGGCGACCAAGUGCCUGCAGAAGUUAGCAGACUAUGGUCAGCAAACUCAUUCGCUCGCAGCAUCCGUCAUCAGAAAUAACUUUUAUGUAGACGACCUGCUAUUGAGUAUAGGUAGUAUUGAUCAAGGCAGAGAACUCAUACGUGAAAUCAUCGAAUUGAUGGAAUCAGCCGGUUUCUCUUUACGGAAAUGGAAUUCGAAUUCCCGAAAACUCCUAUUGGAUGUACCAGAAACCCUGAGAGAUGAUCGCACCAUUCUAGAGCUAGAUUCGUCCAGCGCUCCAAUCAAAACCUUGGGUUUGGCUUGGGAACCAAGUACAGAUAAUUUCCGAUUCCAUAGUCCUAAGUGGAGCAUGGCAGCAGAUAUUACAAAAAGGGUUGUGUUAUCAGAUGUCUCCAGAAUAUUUGACCCCUUAGGCUUGGUUGGUCCGGUGGUGGUGAAAGCGAAGAUUUUUAUGCAAGAGCUCUGGAAAUACGAAUGCAGUUGGGAUGAGCCUCUCACUGAUAGUCUUCGACAACAAUGGCAAGAAUUUCGGAGAAAUCUUGUAGACUUGGAUGGCAUGUCCAUUCCUCGUUGGGUCGGAGUCACCGCAACUGUGAAGUCCAUACAACUUCACGGAUUCUGUGAUGCAUCAGAGAAGGCAUAUGGGGCAUGUAUAUUUGUAAGAACCGUCGAGGACAACGAUACUGUUUCAACACACCUCUUGAUUUCAAAAUCACGGGUAGCCCCUCUGGAAAAUCUCAAAAGAAAAAAUCGUCGGCAGUCCAUUCCUCGACUUGAGUUAUCUUCAGCACUGCUUCUUUCACAUUUGCACGAGAAAGUGAUGGCCAGCAUCCACAUCGAAGUCAAGUCAUAUUUCUGGACGGAUUCGAUGAUCGUAAAAUGUUGGCUUACUUCAGCACCAUCCAGGUGGAAGGAAUUCGUUGCGAAUCGAGUCUCCGAAAUACAGCACCUGACGAGUGAAGGAGUUUGGAAUCAUGUAAUGGGAGUUGAAAACCCUGCUGAUAUUAUUUCCCGGGGCAUGACUCCAGCGCAGCUACAAUAUCAAUCCAGUUGGAGGCAUGGGCCUGUUUGGUUACAGCUGGACGAAUCGAAUUGGCCCCAACCCAUCCCAAUCCAGGAGGAAGAAUUAGACAAGUCAAUUAUGGAAGAGAAAAAAGUCAUCACAGUAGUUCUACAUGCAAUCAACCCAACUGCUAACCGGAAUCGUCGCAAGCAUGGAUUCAUCACCGCUGAAGAACGCGACGAAGCACUGAAAAUUUUAGUUCGUCUGUCCCAGAAAGAAGCAUUUCCACAGGAGUUUGCUGACUUAUCCAAGGGUGAACAGGUUCAGGAGUCCUCUAGAAUAAGUUCACUUCAUCCGCAGAUAACAGACGGCACUAUUUGUGUUGGUGGCCGGUUACAGCAUGCGCUGUUGUCAACAACUCGGAAGCAUCCAUUCAUAUUGCACCAUCGACACCCGCUAACAAGAGCAAUUGUAUCAUAUUACCACCGUAAGCUGUUUCAUGCAGGUCAACAACUCUUGAUUUCCACUGUCCGUGAACGGUUCUGGCCGACAAACGCUCGAAACCUGGCCAGAAAGGUUAUUCAUGAAUGUGUUCCAUGUUUUCGCAACAGACCCAGAAUACACGAUCAACUGAUGGCAGAUCUUCCACCGGAAAGAGUCACUCCUUGCAUACCAUUUCAGCGAGUUGGAGUCGACUACUGCGGGCCGUUUUGGAUUGCGUUUCCACAUCGCCGAGCUCGUCCAACGAAAUGUUUUGUAGCUGUGUACGUGUGCUUGGUUACAAAGGCAGUGCACUUGGAGCUGGUCGCUGACUUAACAACACAGGCUUUCUUGGCAUCACUGAAACGCUUUUCAUCACGCCGUGGCAAGCCCAGUCUGGUAAUGUGCGAUAAUGCCACGAACUUUGUUGGAGCCAGACGAGAAUUGGACGAGCUAUGUACGUUGUUUAACAACCAACAAUUCCAACGGACUAUUUCUGCAGAAGCAGCGGAAAGCAAUAUUGAUUUUCGGUUCAUACCCGCACGUUCCCCAAACUUUGGAGGACUUUGGGAGUCAGCAGUUAAGUCCUUCAAAACAUUAUUUAAGCGGACCAUUGGCACCCACACCUUGCUGUAUGAUGAGAUGCAGACUGUUUUAACACAAAUCGAAGCUGUGCUAAACUCGCGACCACUGACUCCGGUGAGCAACGAUCCGAACGACUACGAAGCGCUAACACCGGGUCAUUUCUUGAUCCAACGACCUUUAACUGCGAUUCCUGAACCUGAUUUGGACGACAUACCUGUGAAUAGAUUGUCUGCUUGGCAACGGACGCAAUAUUUUAUGCAAUGCUUGUGGAAGAAAUGGUCGGCACAGUAUCUCUCGAAUCUACAGAACCGCACUAAAUGGACGAAAGAACGCGAUAAUUUGACUGCUGGUACUAUGGUACUGUUGAAAGAUGAAAAUUUACCACCAUUGAAGUGGCAACUUGGGCGGGUAGUGGAGUUGCAUCCCGGAUCUGAUGGUAAUAUUCGUGUUGUUACCGUACGCACAAGGGAAGGAAUAUAUAGGCGUGCAAUAUCCAAAGUCUGUAUCUUGCCCAUCCGUGAUAACAUUAAUGCAUCAUCAGAGGAGAACUAGGACUCCUCCAACGGCGGGGGUCGAGAGGCCCCCGCACACCAGUUAAUCGCAUUUUGUAUUAAAUGGACAUCGUUUGUUUUGACUUCACCAGAACUGAGCUUAAAUCAGAGUCGAGGUAACCCGUUUUGUUCUUGGUGGUGGAAAGUAAUUGCAUGCAGUGUGAGGGUGUAGCAGUUGCGCUGGUUACCGAACCAGUUAUGUUUGGUGUGGUCCACACCUAUACAGCCGUAUCGGCUGUCUCAGACGAACCUCAGUUAAUCACAGUUUUACGUUUGGUAUUUUCGAGGCACACU